ACAAGUACAGAAGAUUGCAAGUUAAGAUUCUAAUCAACAAAACAUGUUUAAGAUACAUUAAAUUAUUGUAAAAGUAUGCUGAAACGUAGCAUCUGUAAAGGAUUUAAAGAAUAGGACACAAUUAAAAGAAAGAAACGAAGACUUAUUAAUCAAGUACUUCCGGAAAAUGAAAAAGUUUCUAAUAGAAACCCACAUAUCCCAACGAGGAAGUGGAGAUUGCCGUACGUUAUCAUAUUUUUAACGAUAUCUAAGAAACACACUUUCACGAAGUAGAACAUGAGGGUGACCCGCAGGUUUUCAGUUUUGUUAGGCAGCUCCACUGGUUUUUCUUCACUCUCGUUCCAAGCAUCGUGCAGUCACAAUGAACAUUUUCACCUUUUUGAUUCUAAGUGCCAGCAUUUGCUCUCCCAGUAAGUAUUCAUGGUCAACAAUUCAAACUUAUGGAAGUGGUGAAUUAUUUUUUUUUCUUCUCUGAGAAGGAUGUUGUACUAAUAUUAUUUAUUUCUUCAGGUCUGUUCUGCAAUGCCACCGCAACGACUGAAAACGCAAAAAUGAUUCGCAAACCGAUAGUGACAUCAACUCUAAAGAAUGAUGACAGUGUAACGCAAGCGACACAGGUCUGGAAGAAUUCAUUACGCCUACUACAGAAUCCAUUGAAAAUUGAUGACUUGAAAAAGAUCGCGAACACGAAGGUAGACUUAUCGAACAGGAAGAAUAGAUUUUUAGGACCUUUGGCUUUCCUAGCUGGUUUAAGUGUAGGCGGUAUACCGGGUGUACCACCAAACGUGAACACCUAUGCCAAAGCUCCACCAGCGAACUUAAAUUUCGGUGCUUCCCAACUUCCGUUCCCUUAUCAGUACAUGCCGCAUCCCUACGUCUUGGCCACCUCCUUGGGGCUUUAUCCUUUACUGAAUCCUUCGGUGAUGCAGGCGAUCAACGGUGGUCAAAACGAUUUUCAAACGUUGCCUCAGAAUCAGCAAGUGUCGAAUUUAUUAGAGAAUAAAAAACCGAACGACUUGUUGAACAACAACGACGAAUAUCCAGAGGAGUCCACGAAGGUUGAGAAUCUCGGAACUCCGAACGACGUCGAAGAGAAGGCUGACGAGAGUGCAGAAUUGCCAGUCGAAGACAUUCGGAACGCGGAAGAGAAGGAGUCGAGCACCGUUAUCGUAUGCGACCUGCGAAAGGAAUCGAAGAAGAAGGACGAUAACUCCGUAAAGCUUGCCUCUAGAGACCUCGAAAAAGACAAUUCGCCUGUUUUUCGAGCAGGACCAAACACUAAGCCAGAAAAUGUCACCGUUGCACCAAUGCAAAUGGAAAAUACGACGAUUAACAACGCGACCAGUCUGCCUUUCAACGGCUACUACGGUGGAUAUCCUCAAAACGUGCACCACAUCGACUUCACCACGGAAACGAACGAGUACCACGACUACGAGCACAUUAAUUACAAUCUACCCACUUACGACAAACCCGUCAACUUUUACUCGGACGGCAGAUAUCAUUAUUACUCCAAUCCCUCCGUCGAUUCCUCACCCACGAACGACUUCCAUCAGGAGCAGAUACCCGAGUACGUAUCCAACGAUUUCAACAGAUACGUUUACCCGUCCUACAAUACGCCGCCAUUUGCCAACGGUGGUUUCAGGCCUGUUACGCAGUGAUAUGAUACACAGUAACAUGCUUUUUGAAUAUGUAGAACACGUUCGCGAUAAGAACGAUUCGUUAAACUUUCUACUGAUUUAGGUUUAGGUAACAGUAAAUACGCGAAGUUCGAUGAAAUAAAUGGAAAUAUGAUUAUUCUUACUAUA